GUAGACGGCGAUGAGCGCGUAGGGCGCAGGUUGCGAUCUCUGAAUCUAGGCUGACGAUGUUUGGCGCGGCGCGUCCCUGUGUGCCGCAGCGGUCAAGAAGCGCACCACACUCUACGACGCCCAGCAGCGGAGGAGAAGAGCAAGGCAGUCGUCAGAAGGCACGGUCACUGUCAGCGCCGAUGAGGCGGCCCUGCUGACUCAGACAAUUGACGGCAAGCACGCCAAGAGCGGGGGUUCGGUCCGGGGUUGCGAGCCUCGUGUGCUGAUGGAAUCGGGCAGCUUGCUUCCCGCCAUGUCGGUGCCGCCCUGGACCUUCUCUUCCCGACCUGCCAAACGCCCGGCGGCCACCCAGUCUGGUCUGACAGACCACAGUCAAGCAUACGCCUGCCGCUUGUCGUGUUGGCUUGGAGCCGCGGUCAUCUGCGAUGUGCGCUCUUGUAAGCGCCCAUCCCAUGCCAAUUGCCCGAUCGUGCCCCAUCCUGCCGUUACUCCACGCGCUUCCGAGAACAGUCCUUUAGACGUGCAGAUCGACGUAUAUGCUCCUCGUUGGCAUUAUCACUUCACGCUCGUCCGGGUGUGUCGUCCCUCGUCGUUACUUACCUUCAGCUUUCCUUCUCCUCCUUUCCCCGCCCCUCACAAUCUCAUACUCCCCCCCUCGCAUCCUCAUACUCCCCGCCUCGCAUUCUCAUAUUCCUCCCCCACCUCUUCUUCGACUCCCUUUACUUCGUAUGUCCUGUCCUCCACUUCAUCAGUUCUCACUUCCACUCUAUCCUCCCAUUUCCGUAUCUUUUCUCGCACCCUUCCCCGCUUUUCUAAUCCCCAACCCCCUUUUCUCCUUGCCUGCAUUACCAAUCCCAUUCCUCCUUCCCCGCUUUUCCGAUCCCCACUCCUCCUUCACCACCUCGCCACCUCUGCAUACCCAUCCCUCGUCCUAUCGCACCUUCAUAACUCAUCUCUACAGCCAGGCCCAGCGGAGCGAUUAGUCCCGCUAAUACACUCCCAAGCGAUCCACGCUAAUACGCUCCCAGGGCAUCCUCGCUGAUACCCCCCCCCCCCCCAAGCGAUCCUCGUCGUUGCGCUCCUGUGAGAUCCUCGUGUGCGCUCCCCGUGGGCAGGAGGGAGCAGGAGGGAGUCGCUAUGAGUGACGCUAUGGGGCAAUGGGCGUGAGAUCUUC